GCACAGGCCAACACGCCGACAACCCGCCGUGGCUCACAGACGCGCAUCCACGCCGCUCCUUCCUUUCUUUUCGUUGUAUUUUUAUUGUUUUUACCCGAUAAAAAGAUAAAACAAGGACAGCCAGAACCAUCGAUUGUUGAUUCCCAAACGGCAAAAACUACACCACUGCUUAAAGCCUCCAAGUGAUGUCCAAUCGAAUUAAUUCCAGUGUUUUAUCGCAGUUAUCAGACAUAACGUUGCAUGAUUGUUUUAAUGUGCGGGUCAUUGCAAGAGUCCUUUGUUUCAAUCGGCAGUAGCGCGAAAAACAUCAUCAGGUGGAGUAGUUGAUACAUCCUUUUGCUUAAUAAGUCGCAUGCGCGAUUUUUAGUACAUUCAAGCCGGUUACAGUGUUUCUCUUGUUGUGCGGGUCUUCCUGGCUCCUGCAACUCUGGAAAAACCGUGUGCAAGAGGGAGAUAGUCAGUGAGAAUCAGUGCUAUCCUGUUUGGCGGUUGAGCCAAUCCGUCGAUCUGUUUUUUUCCCAUAGUUACCGUCGUUGUUAUCUUCUUUUUUUUUUUUCUUCUCUUUUCUUUUUUCCUUAUUCGCAAAACGGAAUAACCUUGAACCCUUGGCAUAACGUGACAGAGUGAAUACGUUGUAUUUGUGAGUAAACGAGGAUUGGAAUUUAGUGUUUUGACAAUUGUGGCUUUAUUCUCACCAAUUGAGGAAACAAUGUUUCCCUAUACGACCUUUCCGGCUGUCGGCGCUGGCAUGGAGGCAGCGAAUGGUGCACUGGAGCACGAUUUUCACAAUGCCCUAGUGCCAAUAAACGGUAGCCAUUCAGGUAGCUCCGGCAGGAGUACGCCAAACAGUGGUGACCCAGCACCGGGAAAAUUGUUUGUCGGUGGUUUGUCGUGGCAGACGAGUAGUGAAAAGCUCAGGGAGUACUUUGGCAUGUUUGGCACCGUGACGGAUGUAUUAAUAAUGAAGGAUCCAGUCACGCAGCGGAGUCGGGGUUUUGGUUUCAUCACAUUCGCUGAGCCUGGCAGUGUCGACAAAGUACUCAAAUGUCCCAUUCACACGCUGGACGGCAAGAAGAUUGAUCCGAAACACGCGACACCAAAGAAUCGUGCUAAACAGGCUAAUCGAACGAAGAAGAUAUUUGUGGGUGGUGUUAGCCAAGACACAAGUAGCGACGAAGUUAAAGCUUAUUUCAAUCAGUUUGGUAAAGUCGAGGAGACGGUUAUGCUGAUGGAUCAGCAAACAAAGCGACAUCGUGGCUUUGGGUUUGUGACGUUUGAGAAUGAGGAUGUUGUUGAUCGAGUUUGUGAAAUACAUUUUCACACGAUUAAGAACAAGAAGGUGGAGUGCAAGAAGGCGCAGCCUAAAGAGGCUGUCCAGCAAAGUGCCCUUGCACUUGGUAAACGAGUUGUUCUGGGUGCACUGGGUGUUCGACUUGCUCCACAGCCUCAGUUGCAAGUUGCCACGGCAUCGCAAUUCGUUGCUGCACAGGCACAGGCCCAGGUACAGGCAGCCGCAGCGGCAGCUGCUGCUGCACAGGUGCAGAACGCUGUGGCUGGUUAUGGAAAAUUGUUUGCAAGCAGUUAUCCAGCGCUAUCGGCGUAUAGAUAUGCACCCUAUCCUAUUCCAACUGCUGUUGCCACAGCACCACCAACGGCACCCGCACCACCUACAACAGCCACAGCUGCACAGCCACAAGCUGGAGCGCCACCUGGCAAUCCUUAUCAGGGAUAUUCACUUACGAAUGUCGAUAUGUCGAGUUUCCAGGGCGUUGACUGGGGCUCAAUGUACGGUAUGGGGAUGUACGUUUAAAUUUUCAUUCAAUUGUGGAUAAUUAAUGGGAGUCAGUGCCACUCUGCAUCUUUCUUCGAGAGCUUUGGAUACUGGAACAGUUGGAGCAAUCGGUCAGACUGUGGAAAUUGUUGAAGAGAUUACCCUGGGAAUAAUGGAAGAGGAUAAACGUGUUAAAUUCAAUCUUGGAAGAUGUCAAGCCAGAUGAAUGCAAGUCUGAUUUUUUUUUCUUUCGUUUUUUUUUCAUUAUUAUUAUUUAUAUUAAUUAUUCUCUUCGCACCGUCCUUAACACUCUCUUCAUUUAUUGAAUGUAUGUUCAAUCGAUCUCUCUUCAUCUGCGCUCCGUUCUUCCGGCUUCUCUAGCCAUUAACAAUACUUAUAGUUUUUUAAAUCUUUCUUUUGUUCUUUUUUUUUUUCAUUUUAUCAGUUUGCGCUAGUUGCGCAACGGCUCGUAGUUUGGUGAAUAAAAUACUGAAUGUUUUAUUUUUCAUCUUGAUUGAUUGAAUUUCGUUGAUAUUGUUCGAGCAUCGUAAUGCCCUGAAAUAUCAAUCCGAAAUGUGUUCUCGAGUAAGUGAGGAAGAUAUUAACGCAAUACUCUUUUAUUUGAAAAAUACUCUAUCCCACUGGAUGCUCCCCUUUGAUUAGACUUGAAUUGUUUUCGGUAAUAAUCAGAUAAUAAUGGACUUAUUGAUAAUUAAUUUAAUGAGAAUGAAAAUAACAAUGAAGAUCGAUGGGCUGUCAAUACUUACUGAUAAGUAAUAAUAUGCAUAUUAAAUAUAUAUUUUUUUUUCGAGUAAUGGAAGACAAUAUUUCUCUGCUCUCCAUGGCAUCUGAAUGAAUAGCCAUCGUUUACAAAAUAAAAUGAUAAAAAGCGAUUGAAUAAUUAGGGUAAGAUGAUUAUUAGUAGAGGAUGAGGAAAAGAGAAUGAUUGAAAUUAGAAGAUGAGGGAUAAUAUCACGUACGGGAUAAUGCACCAGGACGUAUUAUAUUGAUUGGCGUGUGCCGGGUCGCGCGUUAAUCCUAUUUCAUAGUUAUUCAAUCAUUAAGGAUACUCAAUAGUAACGUAAGUGACGCGAAAGCGAUAACAAGAAUACAGGAUUAUUAUUCUAAUAAUAAAAUCCACAUUGAGAUUAGCUCAAGAGAGAGAUUAGAUAUGUGAAUAAGUUAACGCGUGUGAUUUUUUCACACUCAUAAUGAUUAAAUCUUUUUCUAAAAUUUUGGACUGAAAUGUGUUCUCAGUUGAGAGCCAAAUAAUAAUGAGAUAGGCGAGAGGAAAAUUUUAUGAGUGAGAAAAAUGAGACAAGUCGAAUUUGAGAUAUAUCGAGCAAUAAGUGAAUUACUCAAUUAAUUAACGUCGGAAGUUAGAAAGAUGUGGCAGCAUACAAUACGAGUAGCAUAUGCAUACAUUUGUAUAUGUCUUCAUAAGUUAAUUAUCAUUAUAAUUUAAUGGACACUAAUACGCGAGGAGAUGCGGAUAAAAAUGCGGCUCCUCGUUUCAACUGUUCAAACAUGUGGAGAAUAAUCAUGAGAAAUGAUGAGUAAUAUCUCUAGUAAUAGGAAAUUUCACGAAAUAUUGGCAGGUGAUGACGUGCGAGUGAUAUUCAAUAUACAUUUCGUCAUAAGUUAAGAGUAAAAAACAAAUAUUGUUACUCGCGACACCCCACGAGUAUUAUUAAUUUAUAUUUAACACAUAUUCUUGAAUAUUGUCAUUAAAAUGAUACGUACUUAUGGUCUUUGCUUAUGAGCAAGACUGACAUGAGAGUGAGAAAAACAAAAAGCAAAAAAAAAAAAUUAACAUACAAGAGGAAAUGAGCGUGAGUGUGUGAGUCGCGUGUACGAGUGCUUAGUUGAGAAAAAAACUGAAGAGGAAAUUCCAAUUUUGAUGAUAGAAGGUGCAUUGACCAUUAGACAUGACGAGCAUGUAGGUUACGACAGUGUCUUUUAUUUGAUUUAUCAACGGCCAUUGGUAGAUUUGCAUUAUCAAUUUUUCAUAAUCUAUAGACUCCCGUUGUGCUCCCGUUGAAAUAACAAACAAAAGAAAAAAAACAGUAAUAGUACAGAACAAUACCUCUCCAUUCAUAAGAUUCUUUGUACAUUCGGGAUAAUAUUGACUAGCGAAUGUUAACAGUAAUGCGUAGUUUAGUUUUUUGAACGCUAACCAUCCAUUAGUUUUUGAGAGUAUGAAUUAUCAUGUGAUACAUGAUUUAUUUAUAUAUAAUGUUUACAUUAGAUGAAGCAUGCUGGUUGAUAAUUCUCCUCAAAAUUAUUAGUCUUCUUUUUCUAUUCACUCUAUCAUUUCUCACCAUUCUUGAAGUUACAAGUUUCCGUGUCAUUCGUAUUGACCGAUAAUUUGAUAUUUGCCCGUGUACGUGCAAUUGAUACUUCCAAUCGUCAAUGAGUCAUUCGCAUCAACCUGUAACCUCACGAAUAACCGAUAAAAACAAGAGUUUGAAAAUAAACAAAACGGCGAAUACUGUAGUGAUCUGCAACAUGUGAAUUCAUAAUAACCAGUGACCGUAUUUUCCAAUAGAUAUCAACAACUAUUAUUAAUUGUGAUUCUGCAUCAAAGCUUGUUAUUGUUAGUAGUACUGUCACAACGCCAUUAUUACCACGAUUAUCAAACAAUACAGAACUCUACACGUACGCCAAAACAUCACUCUGUCUAUUGUCAAUACGUGAGGCUCAAAUUGGCUGAAGAGAGAAGGAAGUACUUACAGAUAUACAAAUAUUUAGCUCUCAUUAAAAAUUCAUGUGUCACGCCCAAAUUUCGCAUGCAGAACGAACGGAUGAGCUUGAAGAUACGAUAAGCAAGAAGGGGGUGGAGAAAAAAAGGAAGAAAAAAUAUGAAAGAAAAAAAAAUGACAUCUGAUCGGUCUGCACGUGAAAGCAGAACGAGGCAAGCAUUUGUGUACAGAAGAGAACACACGUCCUCGAGGGGUUGUGAAUAUGGGGAUGGGUGGGUGGUUGGUUGGUUGGUUGGGUUGGUUUUAGUUGGUCUGUGAUCCUCCUCUAAAUUUUCUAUCCUACUCUGUCGUCUACCGAUCGAUCGUUCCAACGGGUGUCUCCUCCAAGCAUUGCAAGGGGAAAUAACUAGGCAUCAUCCCCCGAUUGGUGCGCGCGUCGGUUUACUUCGGGACACCCCCCGAAGGAUCGAACGCUAAACUCCGCAUUCUUUGUGCUUCCAUCCCACAUCCACCAACUCUUAUAUCCAUUCACCAAUAUCCCACUAUUCUAUCAAUUUAAUUAACCCCAAAUCACACACCAUCAUUAUUAGACGGAAUAUGAUAGAAAAUAAAUUCGAGGGGGUAUAUCCACGGGCCCUCGAGGAACCGGUGUCUCACUUCCAUCGAAAUGAGAGGCAUCGACACUAUGAUCGACAUAGCGUCAACCAUACACAUGAAAAAAAAAAUAAUAAACUCUCAAACCAUACAUAACACAGCAGUUAUACAUGAAAAUGAAGAGAAAAGUUGGAAAAAAAAAUUUUAGAUUAGAUAAAUGCCUAGUGAAAUUGCCAAUAAAGUAGUCGUUUACAACUGGUAGCUAACCUCUUUGUGUAUCAUCCCUUGUAUCAUCUUCUACCCCAAAAAAAUACUCCUCUAAAAUGGAAUCUCUGUAAUUAGUAAGCAUAGAUCUAACUCUCUGUUACAUUAUCUUUUUCUCCUGUUUCAAUAAUUUAUUUGAAUAUUUGUAUCAAUUAUCUAUUUUGUUAUUUUAUCCCUUCUUCAGCGCUAAGUAGAAAUAUCUCCAGGGUUUGAAGUCGGAGCUAAUUGGCUUAUUAAUAUUGAGCUUGUAAUUAGCCCGAUAAAGACCCCUCUCUAUCCUCAAUCUCGUUCCGUGUUGCACUCUGGUUGGUCCAUUUACUAAACUCAUUUAUUCUUAAUAGCAUUGUUGAGAAAAACAACAGAUUCUCUUCUUUAACUCAUUUUUCCACACUCAUCGUCUCAUUAUAACACAUGAUUCUUGGAGGACUUGAGUGUGUUCUCAAACUCGAAAGUACACUAGACCAACCGAGAGCUGUAACUCGGCACUCUUGAGCUCUCGUUUUUAUUUUCAGUGUUAUCUUCAUUAUUUAUUUGACAAAAAAAAGUGCGGUCUAAAGUGUACACCAGCAGGAAUUGUGUAGAGCAUGCAUUAGCUAGUCUCUGGCACCUCUAACUACCAAAGUAAAACAAAAAAUCACCAGUCCCUCUCCAUCAAUCCCAUAAAUCCCCUGUACAUAUCCGAUUAAUGAGUAUCAGAGUUCAAUUUGAGUGAGACUCGAGAAGUAUCUUGUGUGUCAAUAGAAGUUCAUUAUGCUCUACGCGAAAGCUUUUUGGAGGUAAAGUAGGCUCUAGUAAUUUUAUAGAAAUGAGGAAUACUCCGAUAAUUCCCCUGAAUCUUUACACUUACCCGAGUGCCUUAAUAGCUCCUUCAAGUUAUGGAAAAAAAAAAGAGGAACAAAAUUUAAAAACGAGACUAGAAAAAUUCUGAUACAUCUGACGACAAGAGAGUGCUUCCAACACAUCGAGAUGAUCUUCCUCAUCAUCAGGUAAGGAUUGAUUUAAACUAUAUCCAAACACGUAGACUGUAGGUGAAAGUAGUUGGCUUUGAAAUAGCUAUCUCAGGUCUUUGUAUGGAUAAUCCACCUGGCAUCUUCUUGUUGGUAUUUAUUCACUAGAAAAAUCACGGAUCGAGGGACACGGAAGUGACGGAGGUGGGAAAAAAAAAAGGCUAAUUUAUAAUUAAAACAUUUCAAGAAAUUCGAUGAAAAGCAGACCUUCAACCUGUUGGCACGACUUCGCUAGUACCAUCACAAUUAUUAUUUUUUUUCUUCCCUCAUACCCUAUCAAAUGUGUAGAUUUAUCCAUUAAAAUUGUGUAACAUAUGUGUGUGUGUGUGUGACGAUCCAGGAAUUGCUGCCCAUGUUCUGGCCAAUCGCCAGGAAUCUUAGAUACUGUACUGGAGUGCACAUUGCAUGUGUAAAACAACAACAGCACUAACUACGAGGAAAUUUAACCCCUCAAUUGGUUCAUGUUUUGGCAUUCAAUGGCAUGCGAUUUAGUCGUUAAGGGAUGAAAAUCGAUGGAUCAGUUUAAAUCGUGUCUUCACUGUCACUUUUAUUUAUCAGUACAUUAAUUACGCAUCAUCGUUGUUGUGAAAUCAUAUGACUGACAAUGUAAGUGAUAUUAAAAAAGAAAAAAAGUACUAAUAUGCUUAUUCGCGUUGAUAGAGUCCAUUGAAUGGAGAGAUAGAGUUGAAUUUAGAUGGAAAAUUAUGGAAAAUAAUGUAGAAAAUUUUCGAGGCACUUUGGACAUGGGACCCACGCCUUUCCUUUUAAUAAUCAUUAGUGGUUACUCAAGUGAAGAGAAGAAUAAUCGAUGAAUCAUGAGAAAUAAUAAUUAAGCCGGAUUUAAUGGCCGGGUCUUGUUCUUCCAGUACGAUUACAUGAAAUGAGAGAAAAAGAAACAAAGAAAAUAAUAAUCAACGGGUUUCACGAUUUAGCCAGUAAGGUUUCCUCUGGGCUUGUCCAGUUAACUCGAUUCAUUGGAUACAGUACAGACACAUUGGAAUGUACCACAGAGAUGUCAACAAGGGGUGAGCCAAUUACUUGCAAGUAAAUACGCUCACAAGUAAGGUGAUAAUGUACUACCGGUGAGUGACAAAUAAUAGUCAAUUGGUCUGAGAUUGAGUAUUGAAAUCCAGUGAAUUAUUAUGCAAUCGAUGAUAAACUGCUCGAAUUGUAUUUCCUCACUCAAAUUCAUAACCACUUCAUGAGACUUAUCAAUUUCUGAGGAGUAUUAUUCACGGGAAUUUCUGUAUGAUUAAAGUGAAACCCUGGUGAGAGUCAUUGUAAAUAUAUUUCACGUGAAUAUACGUUAGUUUUCCGUUCUCAGAGAGGAUAAAGGGAGAUUCGAUAAACCUGUUCGAUUCCUUUGAACAUGAGUAGUUUUUAUUUUAUAAUUAUUUGAAAUUCUAGUCACCAAAUGAAUUGACAUCUUGAGAUUCUUGACAUUCCAUAGUAUCAACUCCCUUCAUCCAAACAAACUUUGACACUUCACGUGCCUGUAAAUAAUGAAGAACUUAAACAUAUGGAGAAGGAGAAGAACAAAAAAUCAUAAUUAUCGAAUAAGAUAUAAUAUAUUUUUUCAAUCUCAUCCCAGUGCUCGUUGAGACUCGUUUAACUGUCACUUUUUAUUUAAUAUUUCAUACUCAGGAUAAGAUCCUAGUAUUCUUGAGAUUUUUGAAAAGUGGAAGAAAGGCUCGACAUAUCUCACCUUUCCUCCCAAUCCCAUUCACUUAGAUCAAUCCCUCAUUCUAUCCCCAUGUGCCUAAGAGCAUAAGAGAUUUUUUUGUAAAUAAAUGAUAAUGAGUGAUUAAGCUUUAGCAAGUCUAAUUAGAAUGAACCCUAGUUAAAGAAAAUACAUUUCAAAUAAACAUUACACGCGUUGUCGAUUGUAGUGUCGCACUUAGAUGAUGGAGGGGGGAGGAAUCUCGAUCGUAUAAUUAUUUCGAUUGAUGAUUGAGAGUGACAAUGUAAAAUAUCAUAUCGAGAGAUUCCUCGCGCUCUCAGUGGUAAAGAAAGAAAAAAAAAAUGUAGUCUGUAGUGAGUAGAAAUGAUAUUAUCUCACGUGAUAAAAACAAAGGUAACAUUAAAUAAUAUCACUAGCUUGUAUACUUAAAAUAUGAAAGACUCACGUUGUAGAAUAUCCAAAUUUUAGUUAUUUUAAUUUAUCAGAUGUGCCAUAUUUGUUACUCUCCAAGAUUUGUUCAAUCUCCGAAAUAAUUCAAUGAUGAAUCAUUCUAGUCCUUUAUAUUAUUGAUUAACUCUAUAAAGCCAACAUUUCCGAUGCGAAUGAACAAAUCUCAUAUUUUGUAGUAAUUUAUUUAUUAUAAUCAUUUAAUACUGUCUAAGUUUUAGCGAUAUUUGCGUAAUAAGUUGAUUUAUUGGUUUGUAAUACAUGUUAUUAUUUUAUGUGUCAACAAAUGCUUCGAUUGUAGCACAUUAAACCAAGCUCGCCCUGCAAUGCAUUCCUUCGAGCAAACACUCACUUAUUUAUCAUCAAUAAAUAAACAAUAACGUUAUUUCGAUAUAUAUCUUAUCCUUGUACGUGAUACAAGGAUCGUUGCUCGUUGGAGAUAAUAAAUAGCCCGAGUUCCACAAAAAUCGCUAGAUAGCCCAAUCCGAAAUUAGAAAAUGUGUAGCAUUACCGUAAUUUAUUGAAUGAAUUAAACACGAGAUUAUUCUCUAAUGAAAUUAAUCUUAAUUGAGAGAAUAGAGAAAAUAUGAAUCAUGGUGAUGGUGGAGGGGGGAAUGCUUUUUACGACGGUGGUGGGGAGUCAUACAGAGUGAAAUUCGGAUAUUUAGAUGGGAAUUAAAAUUCAAAUUCAAUGGGACAUUUUUGUGAAAAAAUUAAAAUAAAAUAAUAAACGGG